UGAUGGCUUGCAGGAGUAGUUUCCUCUGCGUCAAUAAUGAAAGGUCAGUAAGAGUGAGGAAAACCUGCAAGGACUUGUGAUGUCCAGCUGGAGCUCUGAGAUGCUGGAGCUGCGUUUAAUGAAGAACCAAGUACAACCAACAACUCCAUCCACUUCGAGUCUCAUGGGCAAUAAGAGCAGCUGUGCUGAGCAUCUUCUGCGCUAUGGGAAUCCUGAGAAAGUGCUAAUCGGGGGAGUGCUUAUCAUACUCACUGUUUCCACCAUUUGUGGGAAUUUAUUGCUGGUCCUGUCGGUGUGUUUGGUGAAGAAACUGAAGCAGCCCUCUAAUUACCUGAUUGUGUCUUUGGCUGUGGCGGACCUGACUGUGGCUGUGGCUGUCAUGCCUUUCGUUAGCAUCACUGACCUAAUAGGAGGACACUGGAUGUUUGGUCAGCUCUUCUGCAAUGUUUUCAUCGCCAUGGAUGUGAUGUGCUGUACAGCGUCAAUCCUCACUCUGUGUGUGAUCAGUAUAGACAGGUAUCUAGGUAUAUCGAAGCCGCUGACCUAUCCUGUGAGGCGAAGUGGAAAGUGCAUGGCAAAAAUAGUGUUGCUUGUGUGGCUGCUUUCCGCUUCCAUCACUCUGCCCCCGUUGUUUGGCUGGGCUCAGAAUGUCAAUGACGAUAAUUUAUGCCUGAUCAGCCAGGACCUGGGCUACACCAUUUACUCCACAGCUGUGGCCUUCUACAUCCCCAUGUGUGUGAUGCUGAUCAUGUACUACCGGAUAUACCGAGCUGUCAAAGUCAGUGUGGCCAAGCACGCCAUCACAUUCCCGCCGAGAGCUGAUGAUGGUGUGAACUAUGUGUCUGCUGUGUUGAAACUGCAGAGGGAGGUGAAGGAGUGCACUAGAUUUGCACGACUUCUGAGGAAUGAGCAUAGGAACAUGUCCAUGUUCAAGCGUGAGCAGAAGGCAGCAACUACAUUGGGGGUUAUGCUGGGGGCGUUCAGUGUGUGCUGGAUGCCUUUCUUUCUGCUCUCCACCACAAGGCCAUUUGUCUGUGGUGUGCGCUGCAGUUGCGUGCCCUUGUGGGUGGAGAGAACCCUGCUGUGGCUGGGCUAUGCCAACUCUCUCAUUAACCCCUUUAUAAACGCUUUCUUCAACCGAGACCUCAGGACCACCUACCAGAACCUCAUUUACAGAAAAUUCAACCACAAGCUCGCAACAGCUAGCAUGCAUGAAGCACUAAAACUGCGAACCCAGACAUGAUGUAGAGAUAUAGAUAAGAUGUUGAGAAUUGAUUUUACUGAAUAGCACUGGGGUGACGUGAGGCUCAGAAAAUAUUCAGAAGCUUGUUGAUGAGUUCACUGCUCUCAGAGGGGUUAUUUCUAGAUAGUAAACAUCAGCUGAAAACAUUUUGUUCAAAGGAUUCAGAAGUGUUGCAUUAUUGCACCAGUCAAUACUCAUUCACUACUGGCACAAACAUUUAAUGAAGCAGAGUCAUGGCUUAGCACCUUAUUAGUGUGACUAUAUAGUAGACAUUAGUGAUGCAGAGUUUCUCCUAGAUUUUAAGUACAAAAUUUUUGACUUAAACAAUUAAAAGUAACUCAAUACCAGUUGUACAAGAUGAUCAGAUAAUAUAACAGUGUAACAAUGAAUUUGCGCUUGUGACAGUAUAAAUAUCAAUAUUUUAUUCCCAGCUUAUAAUCUUGCAAGAUUCUUGUUUCUUUCUGUAUCAGGGUUUAUGACGAGACACACAUUAAUGUCUUCUUGUGCAAAGUGGUCUUGCUUUGUCUGCCCUCUAAGUGGCAAUUAAUUGGUCUGUCACUUCUAACGGGGCCGCAAGCUAAGCUUGUCUCAUAAUUAGGGAUGAGUAUUAUUAUUAGAAGCAAGGCUUUAAUUGUCUUGUAGCUGUGAGAAAGGUAGGGGAGAUUAAAGGAUAUGAUGUUCAUUCUAUUUUGUCAGCAAGCUAAAGCUCAGGUUUGUUACAAUUCUACUCAGCCUCUGCUUGUAUUCUUGGACACCAGAUGCUUCCAUAAGAAUUGACAUUAGUAUGCAGUGCAUAUGGGUGUAUGUAUAUAUUUAAUGUAUUACUCAAUAAUAUUUAUAGAACAAAUGCUAAAAGUAAGGUGAUGAGGUGAUUAUAUAGCAUCAGACGUAUUGAAUUGCAGGUCAAUUGGAGGGUUAAUGAUGUAAGAUUAGGUGAAUGGGCUUAUUAUAACUUGUGAAACUGUACAGUGUUUAAUGGGAUGCAUUAUACCUACAUAAGAGCUAUCUGGCACAUGACAUUAAACUACAUAUUUUAUUCCAACAGGCAUCAUCUUCUAUACAGCUGCCAUAAACAUUUUUUUUGUUGUAAUGUUAAAUCAGCAAAACAACAUCUGAAUCAUGUGACGUGAUUUUUCUUGAAAUAUUGUUGUGAUAUAACACAUUCCAGGCUGACUUACUGUACUUUUUUUUUCUUUAUAUAAUGACAACUGACUUCAUAUCUCUCUGCAACCUCUGGGAUGUCAGAGUCACAUAAUGGCAAUUAUGUUAUG